GAAAGAAUAAAAGAGAAGGGGAUGGAGAGGAAGAGGCGAGAGGGUAAGAGAGAGGGAAAAUUAGGGUUUUAAGCGUUCACAAGCUAAGAAUUAGAGUUAGGUUUCGAUCUCUCAAUAUAGGGUGAGGCUUAGGGGUUGGGUUUGGUUUUCCAUGAAAGGUUUUCUUGGUUCCUGCGUUGCAGAGACUCUAUAGAGAGCUUUCUUCUAUGUUCUCUAUGCUCUGAAUCCGUUUGUAUGCAUAAGUAUUAUCUUUUUAGCUAUAUUCAUUGUGUAUGACAUAUAGGGUUUCGUAUUUGAUGGACGAGAUCUGGGAACGGGCCGUAGAAACUGCGCUGAACGGCCAAACAGAUCACGCUUCGGUUCGAACCCUAACCCUAGACGGCGCAGUGAAGUGCGUCCACGGUCGACUUCCUCCUCCCAGUCUACUAGAGAAGUUCCAGAACCUCCAGCAUCUAUCGAUCGCAAACAUUGGUGUUUCGUCUCUCGAACAGUUUCCGCGUCUCAGAAGCCUUGAGAAACUCAUCCUAUCCGAUAAUCGAAUAGCCGGAGGCCUUGAAUUCCUGGUCGAAGCAGGUCUUGAAUCGUUGCGAGACCUUGACCUUUCCAACAAUAGAAUUCAAUUUAUUGAAGAUCUUGCGCCACUUGCACAGCUCAAGCUCGUUUCCCUUGAUCUAUAUGAGUGUCCAGUUACGCGUGGUAAGGAUUAUCGAUCUAGGGUUUUUGGAUUAAUAAAAUCUCUGAAGUAUUUAGAUAAGAUGGACGCAGAGGAGAAUGAGCGGCCGGAGUCCGAUGAUGAGGAGGAUGAGGAAGAUGACGAGGAAGAUGAUCCUGGGAGUGGCGAAAUUGACGGUGAUGAUAGGCCAUAUAGAAUGAACAACGGGCAUAGCGUGGAAGGGAUAGUCGAUGUUGAUGAGGAUGAAGAGAGUGAUGCGGAUGAGGAAGAGACAGAGACGGCGAGAGGGGUUAAUGGAUCAAGUAGGUCUUCUCACCAUCAGUCAAAUGGUUUUCGGGUUGCUGCAGUGAAUGGAGAGGAGGAAGAUGAGGAUGAGGGCGAUGAUGAAGAGGACAAUGAUUCAGGGGAGGAGAUUGAUGAAGAGGAUGGUGAGGAUGAAGAUGUGAUUGAGGUUCAUGAGAUUGAGGACAGUGAUGAUGAAGAAGACGGUGUAGAAGAUGAAGAUGAUGAGGAUGAGGAUGAUGAUGAUGAGGAUGAAGAAGAGGAAGUGGAUAACGAAGAGGGGGGUUUUACAGAGCCGAGGAGUACAGGGCGGGUGAUGAGCGCGGAAGGGGAGAUUGAUGCCCAUGAACAGGGGGAGGAGGACGCAGAGGAGGAUGAUAAUGGAGAAACUGGGGAGGAAGAGCAGGGUGUUGAAGAAGUUGGAGAGUUUGAAGACGAAGAAGAGUGUGAGGAAGAGGAAGAAGAUUAUGCUUCAGGUUACUUGGUUCAACCUGUGGGCCAGGCUGAAGAGGAUGCUGGAGGCAGUGAAAUGGAGCCUGGAAACGAGGAAGAUGAUGCUGAAGAGGAGGAAGAAGUUGAAGAUGACAUUCAGCUGCUGCAUCCCUCAUCUCCGAGCCUCAAGAGGAAAAGAGAUGAACAUGCCAACAAUGAUGAUGGUGAAGGUGCUGAUGAGGAUGAGGAUGACGUUGUUGAUUACACCAAGUCAUCAAAGAAGAAGCACUGUUAGCAUUUAGCUAAUCUCCUGCCCCUUGGUGAAUUGUGAUUAUACAUGGAGAUGGGGGAACUUGAGGAUAGUUUUAGAUUGGUUGGUAUGGCUACGCCUUAGUUCAGUAUUUUAGGAAAGGAGGGUGUUAUUCAAAAGGAAGUUAGCAUGUUGUCCCCGUCAGCCCUUUCCUACAUAGCCGUUACUUUGUUAUUCAAAUGGUAGUUAUGAGCCAGUACAACCUCCUUUCCCUCCCUUUCGAGGGGCCAGUUUAUAAAGGGGACUUAGAUGGAGGGAGAAAAAAAACUCAUAUAUGUUUGUUUUUUCUUCCUUUGUUUGUUCAAGCGGUUUUCCUUUUUUUUUAAAUGGCUUGUAAAAAACGCUUGUAGAUAGUUUUAUUGCAUCUUUUCAAUUCAAUCAAGUGGGAUUCAAGUAUUUGACUC